ACUCAAAAGCAAAGAGACAUUUAAAACAUGAGAGAGAAAAAAAAAGUAAAAAAGAGACGGUAGCGUGCUUGGUCGUCUCGGAGCAACGUACAAGAAGAUACUGACGUGUGCUUACGAGUGACUCAUUGACUUUUUACCCGCCAGCCACCAUACGAAGACCAGACCCCUCUUCCUUAUUAUUCAUUCCAUCUGUUACUCCAUUUCAACAAAUCUGUAAUCUCUGAUAUCCACGCACGCGGCAAAAAGAGAGACAGUGACUCUAGUCUGAUCGCUUCACAGGUCUGUCUUACAUUGAUGGGUUGCUCUUGGUUCUCACGCCACAAAAGUGGAGGAAGACUUUCAGAAGUUGAUGAUGGAGGAAUCACAUCGAUACAAAACGUAAAGAUUUACAAAUACAAAGAGAUUCGUCAGGCUACAGAUGAUUUCAAUCCCCUUAAUAAAAUUGGAGAAGGAGGGUUUGGUUCUGUGUACAAGGGCCAUCUUAAAGAUGGAAAGAUGGCAGCUAUCAAAAUCCUCUCGGCUGAGUCAAGACAAGGUGUUAAAGAGUUCCUGACUGAGAUCAACGUGAUAUCAAAAAUACAGCAUGAGAAUCUGGUCAAGUUAUAUGGAUGCUGCGUGGAAGGGAAUCACAGGAUUCUUGUGUACAACUACCUCGAGAACAAUAGCCUUGACAAAACCCUUCUAGCUGGAGGCUACACUCGGAGUGGGAUACAGUUUGACUGGAGAACUCGAGCCAAGAUCUGCAUCGGUGUUGCCAAAGGCCUUGCCUUUCUUCACGAAGAAGUAAGACCCCACAUUAUCCACAGAGAUAUCAAGGCGAGCAACAUUCUACUCGACAAAGACUUAUCCCCAAAGAUCUCUGAUUUUGGACUCGCGAGGCUUAUGCCACCCAACAUGACUCAUGUCAGCACUCGUGUCGCCGGUACAAUUGGUUAUUUAGCGCCAGAAUAUGCAGUUAGGGGACAGCUGACGCGUAAAGCAGAUAUAUACAGCUAUGGAGUCCUUCUGAUGGAGAUAGUCAGUGCAAGAAGCAACAAAAACACUCGUUUACCCACUGAGUAUCAGUAUCUGCUAGAAAGAGCUUGGGAACUUUAUGAGCGGAAUGAGCUCGUGGAUCUUGUCGACACAGGGCUUAACGGAGACUUCGACGCAGAGGAAGCUUGCCGGUACCUAAAGAUCGGUCUUCUGUGCACGCAAGACAGUCCAAAGCUGAGACCAACCAUGUCCACGGUGGUGAAGCUGUUGACAGGGGAGAAGGAUAUAGACACGAGGAGAAUCACCAGGCCGGGUUUGAUCUCUGAUUUUAUGGACUUGAAAGUGAGAGGACCCGUGGAGACAAAGCCAGAUGAAGUGAACAGAAACAACAACAACUACACAGACCCUUCUUCUUAUAAUGCAUCGUCUAGCUCUGGGACUAGAGACAACUCAAAUGCUUUCUCGUCAGGGGCCUCAUCUGCUAAUCAUGCGGUUUCUUCAUUCAACAGUACCAUUUAGAAAAGAAAAAGUUCCUUUUUAAAAGAAAAAGUUCCUUUUUAAAAGAAAAAUGUCCUUUUUAAAAGAAAAAUGUUUUUUUUUGUGUCUCAUCAUUUUCUUGGAUUCAAACAGAGGUUUUCUGUUAGAUUUUUAAUCCAUGUCUACUGUAGAGAAGCCUUACACUUGUUUAAGGUUGUCUUUCAGUUGUAAACAAAUUUUUGAGUGUAUAUGUACAUAAGUUUGAAUCUAAAUUGGUCAAAAGAGGUCAGUGACUUGAGUGA